CCGUUCGAUGGCCUCGAUCAUUACGGCGCAUCCCUCCAGUUCUCGCGAGAACUUUCGGUUCAUGAGCGCAGUGACGGCAAGCUGGAGUUCGUAAAGCGACGGAGGCAAAACUGUAGAGAAGCGCCGUACGGCUGGGGCAACAUCCACACCAUCUCUUCCCCCUCUGCAUAGUUGCCCCUGCCCUUUUUUUUGCUCUUUUUAAUGAGGGACAGAAUAAUCUGUAAGAAAUAUGCUUAGACGCCGCGCUCCACUUUUAUUUUAAGUGAUCAUUUGCAGUAUUUCCGACCCGGGGCUGCAUUUCCCGAAAGUAGCGGAUUUUUCUCUUCAUUGAAAAACAUCCUACACAAACACGCCGCGUAAACAAGUUCAUAAAUGGUGGAAGCCAUUGUGGAGUUUGAUUACCAGGCCCAGCACGAUGACGAGUUGACCAUCGCUGUCGGUGACAUCGUCAGUAACAUCAGGAAGAAUGAGGGCGGCUGGUGGGAAGGAGAGCUGGACGGUCGGAGGGGGCUCUUCCCCGACAACUUUGUCAGAGAGAUAAAGAAAGACUCGAAAAAAGAGGUGAAGAAGGAGUCCAGUUUGGCCGGAUCCAAAUCAGACCUGUCCAAUGGCAGUGCCAGCCCAAAAUCAGAACCCAGCCUCAGAUCCACCAAGAAAGGUGAGGCAUUCAGAAAAAGGCGUUGCAAAGCUGUCUUUAGCUACGCUCCGCAGAAUGAGGAUGAGCUAGAACUGAAGAUCGGAGAUGUUAUUGAGGUUCUGGGAGAGGUGGAGGAGGGAUGGUGGGAAGGCACUCUCAGUGGCAAAACUGGGAUGUUCCCCUCUAACUUCACCAAGGAGCUGUUGGCCGAGGCUGAGGAUCUGACCCCACAGGAUGACACACGGAGCACACGAACCAGUCAGUCUGCACUGCAUACUCAUUUGCCAACAUCUAAACUUCUUCCUCACAUCCAGGUCAUGAUAAGAAAAGGAAGAGAGGGAGAAGGAGGAAGAGUUUUCUCUCUCACCGAACACAGCAAAUGUGUGUGUGUGUGUGUUAAGGCCACAUUGGGAGUGCAGGAUGUUAAAGAGCUUGUUGUGUCGGGUUGGAUUGAUUCCCUGCCAUGUUUGUGGAAGGACUGUGGUUCCCCUGCCGGAAAGAGGCCAGAUAAACAGAGCCAAAUGGACAGAAUGCUAUUCACACACCCUCCAAUGGUGAAGAAAGUCGCUCUAGCUGUUGCCCAGGAAACCAUGAAGGCGGAGCCUGAGAACAAGGCCAAAGCAAAGGAGCUUUGCAAAGUAAUUUUCCCGUACGAAGCUCAGAACGAAGAUGAGCUGUCAAUCAAAGAGGGAGAUAUCGUAACGGUUAUCAAUAAGGACAGUGCAGACACUGGUUGGUGGCUUGGAGAGCUGAACGGCAAACAGGGAGUGUUUCCAGACAACUUUGUGAAGUUAUUCAUUCCUGAGGUAGAAAAAGAGAGACCUAAAAAACCUCCUCCACCUGCAGCACCAACCACUAAACAGAUCACAGACAAAAAGACAGAGGCUAAAAGGGUUCCACCAGAACGGCCUGAAUCUCUCCCACACAGAGCUGAGGAAAAAGGCGAGGAGUCGAAGCUGGGUGAGAUUGCAAAGCCAUCCUUCCCAGCUGCCCUCCCAAAGAAGCCUCUCCCCCCAAAGAACAACAACUCAUUGAAUCGACCGUUAUCGCUACCACCCAAACGCCCAGACAGACCCGAGAGACCAGCUGUGCCCAAUAUACCGUGUGACAGUCCGAAGUGUGACGGCAGUGGUGUGGCAGCUGACCGAGGCUCUGCAGACAAAUCCGUAGAUGUCGAUGUAGAAGACUUCGACUCCAUCGUCUUAUCCACAGAGAAGCUGAACCACCCGACCACGUCACGGCCCCGUGUGACGGACCGACGGCCACGAUCGCAGAUCUUCACAUCUUUCUCUCUCUCUAGUCCUGACCUCCUGGACUCCCCAUCUCCAGAGGAGGAGAGGAGAGACAAGGAGAUGGGAAAGGAGGAGCAGGACUCAUUCAUUCCCAAAACUCUUGACAACUCCAAGAAGAUGCCCAAGGCAGUGCCAGUCAUAACAGCUCCUGAAAAAUCAUCUUUGCCCCCUAAGCCCAGUGCCCCUCCAUCAUCUUCUGGGUCCAGUGGGGCUUCUCUCCACCAGGGCAGCGCUGGUCUGCGGCCCCAUUCCCCUUCGGUUGAUGCCAGAGUGAAGAACGAACAGGGUACCUCCACGCUGGAGGAGCUCAGAGCACAAUUACGAGACCUGAAAGGAACUGUGGAGCUCAUGAAGAGCCAGCACAAACAAGAAAUCAAACAGCUGGUGAGCGAACUGGAUGAGGAGAAGAGGAUUCGUAUAUCACUGCAGGUGAGGAGACAUUAUACUAGUCAUAAACGUAGCCCUAACCAGUUAAGUAAACCAGUUUGGCGAGCUGGAGUCCUGGGCCUGACGUAA